GCAAUUGCGAAAUUACGGUAACCUUUGUUGCUAUAAAUUGCGUUCUAUUUUUAAACUUUCUGAAACAGCGUAAACACGAGAAUGAAUAUCUGUUACUUGAUUACUGCGGGAAUACUGUCUGCAAUUGGAGUAUCAGCUUCAAACCAUUUCCCCUUGGUGAAUAGUCUUUACGUUACGCGGGACACAACAUUCGUACAGAAGGACGUCCAAGCAUAUAUAAACGCACACACACUUACGUGGUCCUGUUAUUUGCAAAUGCUCCAUUCCGGCAACGAAGUGCGUUACAACAUGGGCUGUCAGAACAAUCAGUUGUGCAGUUCAGUAGCUGUUGACCCCAACGGUAUCAUUGGUCGUUCUAUCAAGACCAGACAGCAGUAUUCUUGCCAUGAAUGCUGUAGCAAUAACCGUUGCAAUGUGCAUCUAUGUGUUCACAGUAAACCAACAUCGUGCAUUGACGACGCAACACUAGACUGUGCCCGUCUUAACUCCAUCCUCAACGUUUGUGCUGAUGUUCAUCACGCCAAAACCAUUUGUCCAAAGUUUUGCGGACUCUGUCAGCUCGUUGAUGGCAACUGGGCAGCUUCGGGCGCCUGGAGUACAUGCAGCCUAACAUGCAAUAACGGGACUCAGAUCCGGACAAGAAUCUGUACAAACCCGGCCCCUGCCAACAAUGGACUCAACUGUUCUGGGCCAGGUGUUGAGUCGAAAAUAUGCACGAAUCAGCUUUGUCCUGUACACGGAAACUGGUCAGAUUGGUCUAUAUGGUCAAAUUGCUCAGCUACUUGUGGUGUGGGAGUACGACAGAAGACACGAACGUAUACCAAUCCUAAACCAGACCGGUCGGGGAAUGAUUGCGUCGGUGAAUCUAUCGAAUAUACAGUGUGCCCAAAUAAACCCUGCAGCGUCAUUGACGGUGGCUGGUCUACUUGGGAAUCAUGGCAGAGUUGUUCAGUAACUUGUGGAGUGGGUCAGAAGUUGAGGAGCAGGACAUGCACCAAUCCGAGUCCCACAUUGUUCGGCAAGACUUGUGGAGGAAACUCUGAGGCAUUUGCAGUGUGUGCGAAUACAGCAUGUCAUGUAGUAGCUUUCAACGCGCACGGACUCCACGUGUUGUCAAAUCUUGUCAAUGCAUUUCAAACUGUGAUCUUCAACGAAGGGAGUGCAUACGAUGCCAGCACAGGACACUUCACAGCUCCUGUUGACGGGAUAUACUACUUUACUUCCCAAAUCUGCGUUCAGGCAAACACAGCCAUCUGGUUUUACAUAAAAAAGGCAGUGCAAGCAUGAGCGGGGCGAUACAUUUGACAGCUUCAUUUCAAUAUAAUUAUGGCAACGUGGCAUGUUCAUCUGCAUCCAGCUCUGUGAACUGACCAGGAAUGAGCACGUGUGGGUGAAGAUGCAAUCCCAGUACACAUCAACAGAAAUAUAUGAAUCGGCUACAUCGAUUUGGAAUACAUUUACUGGAACGUUGACCCAACAGCUUUAAUAAAGUCGUGAAUUAUU